CAGCUCCUCACAUCUGCCAGCGUUGGACUUCGACCUCACGGCAUGAUAUUCCUUUCUUUGUAGCCUUUUGAUCUUCCUAAGUCGAAUUUUAAUACGAAGCCUUUGAGUGGUUUUCGCCUUCAACAGACGUCCGUACGCACGCGACAUUGACGCCCAGAAUCGACGCCUUGCAGCUUCGUGGAGAUCGUGAAAUCCAGGCCGCCCGAAGCACUCGAUAUUGGAGGACAACAACCCUCACAUCGCAUGAAGCCUUAUUGGUGAGGGCUUGCGCAUAGCGAAUGUCGCAGCCAUGAAUACUACAAUAGAGUUGGUGGUGCAAAAAUUGAGUUCUGCAGACUCCGAUGCCAAAACCAAGGGCGAAGCAGCUAUUCAGUUGCGAGAUAAUCUCGAGCACUACAUUACGGGACAGAUUUAUCCAGCCUUCUUGAAGAGACUCAUCCCAAUCUUCAUCAACUGUCUGAAAGGCCCCCCAGUUUUCGUUAGCACAUCUGCAGAACAGCGAUUGCGGAAUUGUGUACUGGAAAUCCUCCAUCGUUUGCCUGUGAACCCUCCCGAGCCUUUCGAACCAUAUGCCAAAGAAGUAGUGGACCUGUUAAUGAACCUCGUCAAGACCGACAACGAGGAAAAUGCGGCACUAUGCGUCAAGACGAUCAUGGACAUUAUGCGGCAUCAGACGAAGGUGCUGUCAGACAAGGUCCAACCCUUCCUCACCUUGAUACAGGAGUUGUUCGACCAAAUGGAGUCGGUGGUACGGGACCAAUUGGACAAUCCAGCUUCUGGCGUGCCUUCGACACCUGGAAGUUCGCAGACAUACCAGAACUCGCCCAGACCGGGUUCACCAGUGGCAUCCGUCUCUGACCUUGGUGCAGAUCCACAACAACAAACUCGGCCUCUAUUGAAAGGAAUGCAGUCGUUCAAAGUACUGGCCGAGUGUCCCAUCAUUGUUGUGUCGAUAUUCCAGGUCUACCGAAAUACAGUAGGACCCAAUGUCAAGCUUUUCGUCCCACUGAUUAAGAGCGUCCUCUUGCUGCAAGCCAAACCUCAGGAGCAAGCCCAUGCUGAUGCCGCUCUCAAAGGCACUAUUUUUACAGGCGUUAGCCCCAAUAUCCGGAACCGAGCUGCUUUUGGAGAAUUCAUUAUUGCCCAGGUGAAGACCAUGAGUUUUCUAGCAUAUUUGCUCCGCGUAUACUCCCAGCAGUUGACAGAUUUUCUUCCAACGCUGCCAAACAUCGUCGUGCGGUUAUUGAAAGAUUGUCCCCGGGAAAAGUCUGGUGCACGCAAAGAGCUUUUGGUGGCGAUUCGUCACAUCAUCAAUUUUAACUUCAGGAAGAUUUUUCUCAAGAAGAUUGAUGAACUCCUCGACGAGAGAACGUUGAUUGGAGACGGCUUGACGGUGUAUGAGACCAUGAGACCUCUAGCAUAUAGCAUGUUAGCCGAUCUUAUCCACCACGUCCGAGAUGCUCUGGAUCCUCCACAGAUCCGAAAAACUGUCGAGGUCUACACCAAGAAUCUGCAGGACAGCUUUCCUGGUACCAGUUUCCAGACAAUGAGCGCGAAACUCCUUCUCAACAUGGCAGAGUGCAUUGCGAAGAUGCCCAACAAAGUUGAUGCCCGGCACUACCUGAUUAUGAUCUUGAAUGCUAUCGGCGACAAGUUCGCAGCCAUGAAUCGACAAUACCCCAACGCUGUCAAACUCUCGAAGCUGUAUGCUCAGCAGUCAAUCGAUGCAUCACCAGACAACUACCUAGCGGACAAGGAACAUCCACCAGAUUGGGAUGAAAUCGACAUUUUCAACGCCAUGCCCAUCAAGACCUCAAAUCCUCGAGAUCGUGCCGCGGAUCCUGUUGCUGAUAACAAAUUCUUAUUCAAGAAUUUGAUGAAUGGUCUCAAGAACACUUUCUACCAGUUGAAAGCUUGCAAUGCUGGUACCGCGAUCGAUGCAUCCAACGCGCCUCCACACUGGCAAGAGGUUUCUUACGGUUUCACAGCGGAAGAAGUGCAAGUCAUCAUCAAAUUGUUCCGAGAGGGUGCUUACGUAUUUCGAUAUUACGAGAUUGAGAAGCCUGCUACUGAGUCUCAAUAUUCUUCUCCGGUUGAGUUCAUGGCAAAUCAUUACAUGAUAUCCAGCAGCAAGGAAGAAAAGGACCUACUCGAAACUUUCGCCACUGUGUUCCAUUGCAUUGAUCCUGCUACAUUCCACGAAGUUUUCCACGAAGAGAUACCCAAGCUUUAUGAUAUGAUUUUUGAACACACUGCUCUCCUCCACGUCCCACAAUUCUUCCUUGCAAGCGAAGCAACAUCACCAAGCUUUGCUGGCAUGCUCCUGCGAUUCCUUAUGGACCGUAUCGAUCAAGUCGGUACUGCAAAUGUCAAGAAGUCGUCAAUCCUACUUAGACUGUUCAAGCUUGCAUUCAUGGCGGUUACUCUCUUCUCAAAUCAGAACGAGGCGGUUCUGUUACCCCACGUCCUCGACAUCGUCACCAAAUCUAUCGAGUUGUCGACAACAGCUGAAGAGCCCAUGAACUACUUCUUGCUUUUGAGGUCACUCUUCCGAAGCAUAGGUGGAGGAAAAUUCGAGCACCUGUACAAGCAAAUCCUUCCACUCCUGGAAAUGCUCUUGGAGGUCCUUAACAACCUUCUCCUGGCAGCAAGGAAGCCAGCUGACCGUGAUUUAUAUGUCGAGCUCUGCUUGACUGUCCCAGCACGACUCAGCAACUUACUUCCACAUCUUAGCUACCUCAUGCGACCUCUUGUCGUUGCUUUGAGAGCUGGCUCUGAUCUUGUUGGGCAAGGACUCCGGACUUUGGAACUUUGUGUUGAUAAUUUGACUGCUGAUUAUCUUGACCCGAUCAUGGCACCAGUCAUCGACGAAUUGAUGACUGCUCUGUUCGAUCAUCUACGGCCAACCCCUUACAGCCAUUUCCAUGCGCACACCACCAUGCGAAUUCUUGGGAAGCUUGGUGGUAGAAAUCGAAAGUUCAUGACCGGAGCGCCUGCCUUGACGUUCCAGCAAUUUUCCGACGAUCUGACCAGCUUCGACCUCAAACUGAUCGGAUCCAAGAAAGACAGAGCGUUCCCAGUAGAGAUUGGUAUCGAUCUGGCCAUUGGAAAGCUCAUGGAAAUUCCAAAAGGUGCCGCAGCAAAGAAGGCCGAUGCUUACUACAAGAAGCAAGCUCUGCAUUUCAUCAAGACACAGCUGAAGCUUCGAUUGGGAGUCGACAGUCUUCCCGAUGACUUCGGACGAUUGGUUCGCCUCCAAGCCCAGGAUCUCCUUGCGCGAAAGUGCGAAGCGGAUCUUUCCUCGCUGGAGACUUCUGACCGAGAACGAUCUGUGUUCAAGAAGGAUGGUCAAGAUCUGAUGCUCAAGAAGCUCAUCAAGGCUUGCAUUUUUGCUGUUUCAAUGCCGGAGUUCACGUCCGAGGCUACCACCCUUUUGACGAAUAUUUGCAAGCAUUUCACUAUCCUUGAAGUUAGCAGAGCUCUCGCAGAGAUGCGACAGAAGACCAUGCCAUUCGAUGUGAAGUCUAGCGAGGGACUUCUGUGCAUUGAUAGCAGGGUCCUCGCAGAUGCCAUUGUAGAAUGCUUAUCAUCCGAUACUAUUAGUGUACGAGAAGCUGCACAAGCUGCUAUCCAGGAGAUUUACGAUUCAACGGCCAUUAUCUUUGGUUCCAAGACAGACGUCUCUAAGCUAACGUUCUUCACACAUCUAAGCAAUCUCUUUUGUCAUAACUGCUACGAGGAAGAGUGGUUCUCCAAAGCCGGUGGCAGCCUUGGCAUCAACAUCCUGAUCACCACAAUUGACAUGGGCGAUGCUUGGGUUCAAGAAAAGCAGAUCGAGUUGUUCCGAGCUCUCAUGUAUGUCAUCAAAGACAUGCCACCGGACUUGCCAGCAAAGACUCGUCGAGGAGCCCAAGACACGCUGGAGGUCCUUCUUCAUCGCUGCACUAAGAACGUGCCUAAAUCUGAUUUGCAACCUCCUUCCGCCCCUUCUCAGACUACUCAGCAGGUGCGCCCAUCAAAGCUUUUCCAGCUUUGCGCGAUUUUGAAUACAGAGCUUGCUCAUAUGAAUCGCCACGUCCGGGAAGCGACCAAGCAGGCCCUACAGAUUGUUGCUGAGGAGGUUGGAGCGGAGAUCUGGGAAUUGCUCGAGCCAAGUAAGGAACGUGGUUUGCAGCCAUUGUAUUCAAAGCCAUUGCGCGCUCUGCCUUUCGGUGUGCAAAUUGGGUCUAUUGAUGCCAUCACGUAUUACAUGGUGUUGAAAUCCGAUUUUGUUGCAUUCGAUGACCACUUGAACCGAUUGCUCAUGGAGGCGUUGGCGUUGGCAGAUGCCCCUGAUGAUCAAUUGGCUGGCAAACCUCAGGAGCAUCGAACUCAUGAAAACAUCAUCAAUCUCAGAGUUGCUUGCAUCAAGAUGUUGACUACAGCUAUGGGAUUCGAAGACUUUCAGAAAGGUCCAAACAAUCCUACGCGAACCAAGAUCGUUUCCGUCUUCUUCAAGUGUUUGUACUCGGAAUCGAAACAGACUAUCCAGGCCGCCAACGAUGCUUUGAAAGUUGUGCUGUCGCAGACUACGAAGUUACCGAAGGAUUUGUUACAGAAUGGCCUUCGUCCUGUGCUAGCAAAUCUGCAGGAUCCACGUCGCCUCAGUACACAUGGUCUUGAUGGUCUAGCUCGCCUUUUGCAACUGCUGACGACUUACUUCAAAGUGGAGAUUGGUUCUCGACUGCUCGACCAUAUCAAAGUUCUCGCUGAGCCUGCUGUUCUUCAAAAGAUCUCUUUCCUGUUGAUCGAACAGAAUGAUCAGAUGAAGAUUAUCGCUGCUGUCUUCAAUAUCUUCCAUCUUCUUCCCUCUGCAGCUGAACAUUUUAAAGAGAGACUCAUCGACACUGUUCUUGAUCUCGAGGAGAAGCUCCGCCGAACAAGAUACAGCCCAUUUCGAGCACCUCUGUACAAAUUCCUCAAUCGGUAUCCAAACGAAGUCUGGCUAUUCCUUCUUGGCAAGAUCGAGGACCAGAAGUAUGGUCGUUUCUUAGCACAAGUUCUCGAAGAUCCAGAAAGUGGGCCACUCCGCAAAGUCGUCAUGAACGGUGUGGAGCAUAUGAUUAAAGCUUGUGGAGACAUGGGUGCCGAGAAUAAGGAGACCAGAUAUGCUGCGGUUAUCAAUGCCAUUAAUAUCAUGCAUUCGGUUUGUAUGUUCGAGAAUAAAGAGACCCAGGAAUGGAUGGAGAAGAAAGAGAACAUGACUUGGUUCAAGUUGGUGGGCAAGAACUUGGAACGACAUCUUCGCACAAACACUCUUCCUCCAAAUCUGCGCCUCGCUGCAGAGCAAGCCGGCGAGCAACUCAUGGUCAUUUUCACCAAAUUCCUGGAGUACCACCCCAAAGACCUAGACUCGCUGUUUAGUCUCAUCGACUCGGUCACUGCCGAAGACUUCAAGCCUAGCCAGACCUUUUUCAAGUACAUUUUCGAUCGCGUCAUCAGUUCUGACUCGGUGGAAUACUGGAAGAGCAUUGUCAUGCGGAGCUUGGAUGUGUAUGCUGGAAAGAACGCGUCUCAACAAACGAAGACAUUCUUGUUACACAAUUUGGUUAAUCCUAUCCUCGCUAUGGAUGUCAUGCGGAACUCCAAGCAUUCAAGUCCCAACAGAGGUCCUCGUUUGAUGGACAAAGCCGUCAUUGAGUCCAUCCAUCAGAAGAUCUGGAAGGUCAGCAUUGGCGACUCUACUGACGAUUUGUUACAAUCAGGCAUCGAUCACACUAGGAUGGAGGUCCUUCAGUUGUCAGCUUUCCUUGUCAAAUACCACCACUCCAUCUUGCAAGACGCCAGAAAAGAUAUCAUCAAGUUUGGUUGGACGUAUAUCAGACUGGAAGAUGUUAUCAACAAACAUGCUGCAUAUGUCGUCAUCGGAUACUUCAUCGCACAUUAUGAGACUCCAGCAAAGAUAGUUCAACAAGUCUAUUUCUCGUUGCUGAAGACGAAUCAGAAUGAAGGUCGGGCUCUCGUUACGCAGGCUCUUGAGCUCAUAGCCCCUGUGCUUCCCAAGCGCAUGAACACAUCUCCUGGGGAUCGAAAUCCAGUUUGGGCAGCAGGACCCCGCCGCAUUCUUGCCGAAGAAGGUCAAAAUGUUCAACAGAUGACGAGCAUCUUCCAUUUCUUAGUGAAACAUGCAGACUUGUUUUACGAAUCCAGAGACAAGUUCAUCAACUUGAUUGUCAGCUCAUUACGCAAGAUAGCACAACCACCAACUCCAUCAAAUGAGAACAAGAAGCUGGCGCUCAAUCUGAUGACCUUGAUCUGGCAGUGGGAGCAGAAACGGGUGGAAGGUAAGGAUGCCUCCCCCAUCCGCGCAUUCUCGGAGUCUCCGAAUACGAAAAAGCGAAAGUUGGAUGCCUUGACCGACAAUCAAACAUCAUCUCCAUCACCUUCGAAACCAGGGUCAUCUGGGUCUAUGGAAAGACCAGAAUACAAAAUUCCACAAAUUGUGCAACAGAAGAUGAUCAAAUACCUGGUCGAGUUCAUCGCUGGUCUCCCAGAACGCUUUCCUCUCCCGUCCGCAAAGUCGAAAGACUUAGGCGCUCCCAAUGCACCAGUACAGCCACACCCGUCUGUGGAUAUGUGCAAGAAGGCCAUCUCUCUUCUAUACGGAUUUCUCCAACCUCAGUAUUGGGGCGAAUCGCUGGUGGAUCUGUUUCCGAACGUGACAGAACAGGUGCUCAAUACCGACAGAACUACACAAGCUCUUAACCCGGAUCGAGAGCAUACGGAGGACAACAAGAGUGAUGAGAAGUAUCUCACAAGCAUCAUCAAUACACUCCAAAUCGUUCGCAUCAUUGUCAACGUGAAACCCGACAGCUGGAUCUUGCAAAACAUGACAGCUCUUCAACAUGUCCUCGAACGAUCUCUGAAAUCUGGUCUUCCAGAAAUCCAGGACUGUUUACACGGCGCCGAUGAAAAGACUGAUGAGGGACGAAACCUCAAGCCUCUCAUGAAACGCAUCCUUGAUGCAGUCCCCGAUGAUGUGCCCAUGGAAGAUGCUGACGCCGAAGGCGAGGCAGAGGCUUCCACUUCUGAGAUUAUCACGUUCCUUUCCACCAUUGCCACUGAAACUCUGUCAGCAAACAACUACGUUUCAGGAAUCAACAUCCUCUGGACUCUCGCACAACGCAAGCCUUCUGAGAUGGAUCAGCACAUCAAUCAGAUCAUGAAGGCUUUACAGGCGAAGCUCGCACGUGAGCACGUAGCUCAUUAUAACGCUCUGUUGGGUCAAGCUGGUAUGGUCGGUCCCAUUCGUCCGGGCGAAGCCGAACCUGCUGGUGUCAUGACUGCUUAUGAGCUCGAGACACAAACCGGACUCAUGCUCAAAGCAAUCGACGUGAUAUCAAUGCGCAUGGACGUCCUUGGAGACAACCGACGUCCUUUCUUGAGCGUCCUGGCCACCCUAGUCGAGAAGUCAUUGAGCAAUUCGCUUUGUUUGAAGAUUCUGGACAUGGUCGAAACGUGGGUGUUCAAGUCCGAAGGGUCUUGGCCAACAUUGAAAGAGAAGACCGCAGUCCUCCACAAGAUGUUGACGUUUGAGAAUCGCACUGAUCAGACUCUUCUGAUGAAGUUCUUGGAGCUUGUCAUUCGCAUCUAUGAAGAUCCAAAAAUCACCAGAACCGAGCUUACUGUACGCAUGGAGCAUGCCUUCUUGAUCGGCACCAGAGCUCAGGAUGUUGACAUGAGAAAUCGAUUCAUGGCCAUCUUCGACAAGAGUCAGUCCAAGACGGCCAGUGCUCGCCUGGCGUAUGUGAUCACCGCUCAAAAUUGGGAUACUCUUGCAGAUUCGUACUGGUUGGCUCAAGCAUCCCAAUUGCUUCUUGGUGCGGUUGAUAUGAACAGUUCCAUUCAUUUGCAUCAUGAAGACUUUAGGACUAUGCCGGUCUCAACCAUUUUUGCCACUUAUGCAAAUGAUAACAGAACACCUGCGCAACCAGCCGAUAGCAAAUUUGACGCUCUUCUAUUGUCCCAUCGCCGUUUCUUGGUCGAGCUUGGAGAUGUUCGCGUUCGAGACAUCAUUGAGCCGCUCUCGCAACUUCAACAUCUAGAUCCAAACGUGGCGCAUGAAAUUUGGGUAGCUUUGUUCCCUAUGUACUGGGCUGCAACCCCGAAGGAUGAGCGAGGAGAUCUGGAGAGAGGCAUGGUCGCACUGUUAACCAAAGACUACCACUCUCGACAAGUUGACAAAAGACCCAAUGUCAUUCAAUCACUCCUAGAAGGAGCUGCACGAGCCUGGCCGGAGUGCAAAAUUCCUCCCCAUGUACUCAAAUUUGAGGCCAAGACAUACGAUGCCUGGUACACUGCAUUGGUACAGCUCGAAAAUGCUGCAAUCAAACCAGAGAUUGACAGUGCGCUUGUACGAGAAAGCAAUCUGGACGCCUUGGUAGAGCUUUACGCCGGCCUGAACGAAGACGACCUUUUCUACGGCACAUGGCGCCGAAGAUGUCUCUACGUGGAAACAAAUGCCGCUCUGUCUUAUGAGCAGAAUGGGAUGUGGGAUAAAGCCCAGCACAUGUACGAGACAGCUCAAAUCAAGGCUCGUACUGGGGCGAUACCUUUCUCGCAAGGUGAAUACAUGCUCUGGGAAGAUCACUGGGUCCUGUGCGCUACGAAGCUUCAACAAUGGGAAAUCUUGUCAGAUUUUGCAAAACAUGAGAAUUUCCAAGAUCUUCUCCUCGAGUGCGCUUGGAAGCAAGUAGAAAUGUGGAGCAAUGCUGACCAUCGCGAAGCACUUGAUAACAUGAUCAAAGGCGUGAUGGAUGCACCGACUCCACGUCGGACAUUCUUCCAGGCUUUCAUGUCUCUGCUCAAGCUGCACAAUAAGACGGAAUCCCAGGCAGAAUUCAGCAAGGUCUGCGACGAAGCAAUUCAACUCUCGAUUCGAAAGUGGCAUCAGCUUCCCAAGAGAAUCACGAAUGCACAUACCCCGCUGUUGCAGAAUUUCCAACAGCUUGUAGAGCUUCAUGAUGCCAGUGUCAUCUGCCAGAGUCUUGCUCAAACAAACCAAGGUAACCUCGAUGUCAAGUCUGGAGAACUCAAGUUACUCCUUGGUACUUGGCGUGACCGUCUUCCCAAUGUCUGGGAUGACAUUACCGCGUGGCAAGAUUUGGUUACCUGGCGUCAGCACAUCUUUGGCCUCAUCAACACGACGUACCUCAAUCUUCUUCCACAAAAUGGCGCCAAUGCAAAUGGUGCCUCAUUCGCCUACCGCGGAUUUCAUGAAACCGCUUGGAUCAUCAAUCGCUUCGCUCACGUCGCCCGCAAGCAUCAGCUCCCUGAAGUAUGCAUCAGUCAACUGAGUCGAAUCUACACCCUGCCAAAUAUCGAAAUUCAAGAGGCAUUCUUGAAGUUGAGAGAGCAAGCCAAAUGCCAUUACCAGAAUCCCAACGAACUCAGCAACGGUCUCGAUGUGAUCAACAACACCAAUCUCAACUACUUCGGACCCAACCAAAAGGCUGAGUUUUACACUCUCAAGGGCAUGUUCCUCGAAAAGCUUGGACAACGUGAUGAAGCAGCUGAGGCGUACGGAAUGGCGCUGUUCUUCGAUAUCAAGCUUCCCAAAGCAUGGGCAGAAUGGGGUUACUACAAUGAUCGUCUGUUCAAGGAGAACCCUGGAAACUAUACUUAUGCCAAGAAUGCUUUAAGUUGUUACCUGGAAGCUGCCGGGCUCUUCAAGAACGCGAAGUCUCGAAAGCUGCUCACUCGGAUCCUCUGGCUCCUGAGUCUUGACGACGCUGAAGGAACACUUUCGGCUCAAUUCGACGAAUACAAAGGAGAGACCCCGGUCUGGUACUGGAUCACAUUCAUUCCUCAGUUGCUUACUGGCCUGGGCCACAAGGAAGGUCCAAAGGCCAACGCAAUCUUGGCUAAGAUUGCAAAAGCAUAUCCUCAAGCCUUGUACUUCCAGUUGAGGACCAAUCGGGAAGACAUGCUCCAAAUCAAGAAGACACAAGAUCAGAAGGAAGAGCGUGACCGCCGAUUACAGGCUAGAGCCAAAGCUGCCAACGGUACGACACCCAAGGCCAACGGCUCACCAAAUCUUCAGCGCCAAGAGAUUCCCGCAGGGGCACGACCCGACAGCGCCACGGGAUCUCGACCUGGGACCGCGAACCCUGACAGCGCUGUCAAGAUAGAACCGUCUGAGGCCAAUGGAACCAAUGGAACUGAUGCGGCGAACGGACAGCCUGCAGCUACCGCAGCUCAGCCUGCCCAGAAGAAGCCACCGUGGGAGCACACAGAAGAAAUCAUGGCGGUUCUCAAGACUGCUUUCCCAUUGUUGGCUUUGUCUAUGGAAACAAUGGUCGACCAGAUUGCGAAGAACUUCAAAUGCCCGCCCGACGAGGAUGCUUACAGACUGAUCACUGCUCUACUCAACGACGCUCUUUCGUAUGUUGGCCGUGCACCCAAUUCAUAUGCGCAAGAUGUUAAACUUCCUGCUGCUACUGAGGCCAACAUUACUCGAUUCGCUGAAACCAUCCUGCCUGCCCAUAUUCGCACUUCUUUCGAAGCAGACUUUGUUCAGAAGAAGCCUACCAUGUACGAAUACAUUCACAAGUUGCGAAAAUGGCGUGACAAAUUCGAGGCCAAGCUCGAUAGGCGCAAGACGUAUGCCAAUCUCGAGUCAUACAGUAUCUACCUCAGCGAGUUCCGAUUCCAGAAAUUUGACGAAGUUGAAGUUCCUGGACAGUAUCUUCAGCACAAGGAUAAGAAUCAAGACUUCGUCCGCAUUGAACGUUUCUUGCCUGUUGUCGAUCUUGUUCGCGGCAUUGGCGUUUGUCACAGAAGACUGAAAAUUAGAGGACAUGAUGGAAGUGUUCACCCAUUCGCCAUACAGCAUCCAGCCGCGCGUCACUGCCGACGCGAAGAACGUAUCUUGCAACUCUUCAGACAUUUCAAUGGGAGCUUGAGCAAGCGAAAGGAGAGUCGUCGUCGCAACCUGAACUUUCAUCUGCCACUCAUGAUACCACUCGCUCCUCAUAUUCGUAUGGUGCAAGACGACGCCACUUACAUCUCUCUCCAAGGCGUCUUUGAGGAUCAUUGCAGGAAGAGUGGUAUGUCGAAAGAUGAUCCUGUGCUAUUCACUAUGGACAAGAUGCGCGCUCUGGUUGAAGCUAAGAAACACCCUGAUCAGGCAGCACCAGCGAAAUUAGAGACCUUCACUGCCAUUCAAGAGAAGUGGGUUCCACAUACUCUCGCCCUCGACUAUUUCACCAAGACAUAUCCUUCGUUCUCCGAGUUCUGGCUCUUCCGCAGACAAUUUUCCUACCAAUUCGCUGCGUUGACCUUCAUGACAUACAUCUUACAUAUGCACAAUCGCUACCCCCACAAGCUUAUCAUUGCUCGUGCUACCGGAAACAUCUGGGGUUCUGAACUGAUGUCAUGUAUGGCGGCUGGCAAGGCAUUCUUCCACAACCCCGAGCCUGUUCCCUUCCGUCUCACGCCAAACUUGCAGACACUCAUGGGACCUUUGGCUACGGAAGGCAUAUACGGAUGUGCGAUCAUGGCCAUUGCUCGUUGUUUGACAGAGCCAGAGUACGAACUUGAACAGCAGCUAAGCUUGUUUGUUCGUGACGAGAUGAUCUUCUGGUUCACAAGCAGUCAUCGAGGUCAAGCCACGAUGCCUGAAAAUCAACUAAGGGAUACGGUGCAGACGAACAGUGAUAUCAUAGUGAAGCGGACGUUGAGUUUGGCUCAGAGUCCUCCUGGAGCACUACCUGCAAAUCAGACGGUGAUUGAUUUAAUUGCGAAGGCGGUCAACCCAAUCAACUUAGCACAGUGCGAUCCAUUAUUCAUGCCGUAUCUAUAAUGUAGAGAGGGAUGCGAGGGAUUGUUUCAUGUAAUCUUAUGUUAGGAGUUGGCUGGGUCAAAAGUGCUGAGGAGUGGACCUUUGCUUUAGCGAGGAGUUUGGGCUCUCAGACUAUAAUGAUUGGUAGAAUAUCAAUUUGCUUUGCACAAGUGC